AUGAACGGAUGCUCUUCGGGUGACGAUUUCGCAGGCCUGACGUCCUGGAUUAAACUCAUCUCGCACGCACUACGAUCUCAGGCUGACAUGAGUCUCUAUGAUACUGAUAUUGAAUUUUUUUGGAAUGAAAACAUAGAAGAGCGUCGAAGAGAGCGUAGAGAGAGAGGGCUUGAUUCUGGUUCAAGGCGAUCACCACGACGCGAACGCGACCGUGAUGAUAGGGAUAGGCGAGACUCACGUCAUUACAGCGGAAGUAGUCGUCGACGGAGGUUUGCCUAUUUUCAAAAUAGUAAUAUUAAAAAGUAUUGUAACAUUGAAGUCGCUCACGUUCAAGUGACCGUGAUCGUCGUCGGGAUAGAGAUCGUGAUGACCGCCGAGGAUCUGGAAGAGAUAGGGAGCGUGAUAGAGACAGGGGUUGUGAACAAUGGACACGGAAGCGUUAUAGAAGAGACGUUACCCUGUCGUUUUAUGGGUGUAAAUGAUGUGCAUGCUGCUAUUUACUGUGUGUUGCUGUGGUCCAUUGCGGUAGACUAG